AUGAUUUGGACACAGGAUGCCAAGAAUUUACUGUGCUGUACGAUUAUGCUGCCCAGAGCGCAGAUGAGCUGGAUAUCAGUGCUGGAGAUGUGGUACAUGUGCUGGAGGAGGGAGAGGAUGGCUGGUGGACAGUGGAGAGGAAUGGUCGCUCUGGACUGGUUCCUGGAUCCUACAUUGAUAAAAAAGAAUGAUGCACUGGACAGGCUGGAUGGCACACCAUUUAACAACACACGACAGACACGGGAUGCUCCAUCUGUAUCACUGAAUUUUAAGACAAUGUUUAUAUGAAUACACAUUUUGUAUAUAUGGGCAUGCUUCUUAA